AACAACAUUUCACUUUUAAUGCGCAGUUGAAGACUGAGCCAUGGAUCUGUGCACUUUUCUUCUUCUUCUUGCUAUCUCUUUGGCUGGUGGGAUGGAUAGUGGUAUUAUUGGAGGGAAAGUUGCUAAACCUCAUUCAAGACCAUACAUGGCAUUCAUACAGAACAAAUUUGAGGCAUGUGGAGGGAUGCUGAUCAGAGACGAUUACAUUCUGACAGCGGCUCACUGUUUGAACAACAAUGAUCGGAGUCACUUUGAGGUUGUACUUGGAGCCCACAACAUCAGCAAACAUGAGAAAAGCCAGCAGAGGAUUCAAGUAAAAAAACAUAUCCAGCAUCCUAUGUUUCUAAACAGCAACAAUGAAAAGGACUACAGCUAUGAUAUCAUGUUGCUAAAGUUGAAGAACAAAGCUAAGAUCAACAAAUUUGUUAAAGUUUUGUCUCUUCCUAAAAAAAAUGAGAAACUUCCAGAAAAUGUCAAAUGCUCAAUAGCUGGCUGGGGGACGAAAGAAUCAAAUGGAAAUAAGCCAUCAGAUGUACUGGAGGAAGUCACUGUCAAACUGCAGAACAACCAUGAAUGUGAAAGAAAAUGGCAGCAACAUUUUAACCCUGAAAGAAUGUUCUGUAGUGUCUCAGAUGGGAAACAUGCUUUUUGCAGGGGCGAUUCAGGAAGUCCUCUUAUCUGCAAUACUAAACCACAAGCAAUUGCUUCAUAUACUGUGAAAAAAGACUGUUUACAUACACAUCCUCAGGUUUUCGUAAAAAUCUCCUGCUUCCUUCCUUGGAUUAAAAAGAAUAUGGUUUAA